CCUACUACAGCUAGCUCGCCUCCUAUAUGGCUAUAUAUACACAGCAAGCCCUGUUCCUACAGCCACCACCAGCUCAACUGCGCCUCAGCACCAACUGCAAGGAAAGAUUAGCUGCCAUUUUCGACGAUGAUGAAGCUGAGGUGCCCCAACCCCAAGAGGCUCUUCAGGAGGAGCUCCUCCAAGAUGAGCAGGUCUAGUAGCAGCUGCAGCAGCAGCAGCGACAACGGCAGCGAUGCCUCCGGUGGCAUCCGUGGCGGCGGCGGCAGCGGGGAGAUCGAGUGGGAGGUGCGGCCGGGGGGCAUGCUGGUGCAGAGGAGGGACGGGAGGGGGGACGUCGAGAUCAUCACGGUCAGGGUGGCCACCGGGCACUCCUGGCAUGAGGUGUCCAUUGGAGCUACCUGCACUUUUGGUGAGCUGAAGGUGGUAGUAUCCAUGGUGACGGGGCUGGAGCCGAGGGAGCAGAGGCUGCUGUUCAGGGGCAAGGAGAGGGAGGACAGCGACCACCUCCACAUGGUUGGGGUGAGGGACAAGGACAAGGUGCUGCUCCUCGAGGACCCUGCCCUCAAGGACAUCAAGCUCCAGGCAGCGCUCGCGGCCCAGGCCGUGCAGAGCCCGUAUCACACUUUCAUCAAGGUGUAGGCCGGCCCGCCUCACCCACCGCGCUAACAGUUAUCUAAAUCAACCACACUAUCAGGCAUCAGCUAGUCAGGUCUCACAAGAUUGCUAACAAAAAGCAUAUCUGGAACCUGAUGCAUGGCGUUGUUCGCUCCUGCUGAUCAGUUCUUAAGUACCACUCCAUGGAAUGGAAGGGCAAAGGCCCUCGUCGUGUGAGAGUUAGAGUACUAUCAACUUUUAAUUAAUUAUAAUUGCAUGGUUGUGCAAUUUGUAGCUAGUUGCAAGUUUAAGUCCUUUCUUCUAGAUGCUGUAAGGGCCAGCCUCCUCCAGGAAUUGCUAGUCUAACUAUGGAUGUCAUGCGUGGUAUUAUGUUUGAUUGGAGAGUGCAAUCUUGGAUAAGGCCUGUGCCCUCUGGCAUAGUGUGGGCUAUAUGGAGUAUAUGCAGUUCUGUUGUGGAUGAGAUGUAUCAAUGUACCAUGACCCAUGAAGUUA